UGGUGUUGGGACGACAUCAAGCUCAGACGUCGUUAAUGACAGAAAAGCUGCUGUUGGAGUUCAGAAGGAGAAGGUUGUCCUGCAUCGCGCUCAGCUCGUAGUCGUCUGCUCAUCUUCACCUGCCAUUUGUCCAAAGGAAGACAACGUCUCACCACAGCUCAGACAUGGAGCUUCUACUUCUCUAAAAGCACUCGUCCAAGACCAGCAGAACAGCAGUGACACCCUUUCGUGUCCACUACCCCCCCAUUUCACUCUCCUUUUCCUCCCUGUCUUCUUGUCUCAGGAGUGCACUCGGCCUGUGAGCAGUGAUGGGGGACUGGAGUCUCCUGGGGAAUUUCCUAGAGGAGGUCCAGGAACACUCCACCUCAGUCGGGAAAGUGUGGCUCACCAUCCUCUUUAUCUUUCGCAUCCUGGUGCUGGGCACAGCGGCCGAGUCGUCCUGGGGCGACGAGCAGAGCGACUUCCUGUGUGACACUCAGCAGCCCGGUUGCACCAACGUGUGUUAUGACAGUGCCUUCCCCAUCGCCCACAUCCGCUACUGGGUGUUGCAGAUUGUUUUUGUUUCCACACCAUCCCUAAUCUACAUGGGGCAUGCCAUGCACAUAGUGCGCAGGGAGGAGAAGAAGCGGAGGAGGGAGCGGGAGGAGAGGGAGGACAGAAGUGAGGGUGAAGGAGACAUGGAGAGAGAGAAGGAGUAUCUUCAGCAGAGGGAUAGUGGGACGGAAGUGGGACCUGAUGGGCCUGGUCGUGUUCGCUUGAAAGGAGCACUGCUUCAGACUUAUAUCCUGAGUAUCUUGAUCCGCACAGUAAUGGAGGUGACCUUUGUUGUAGUGCAAUACUUGAUCUAUGGGGUGUUCCUCAGGGCUCUAUACCUGUGCAAGUCAUGGCCCUGCCCCAACCCUGUCAACUGCUACAUGUCACGGCCUACAGAGAAGAACGUCUUCAUCGUCUUCAUGCUGGUUGUGGCCGGUGUGUCUCUGCUACUCUCUGUUUUGGAGCUCUACCACCUUGGGUGGAAGAGUUUAAGAAAGUGCAUACGCAAGAAAGUGAUGCAGAGAAACAAGCACAGAGCUGUGACCGUGGCCGUGACUGCAGCUUUGGAGCCCAAUAGCCCACCCCCACCCACCUGCACCCCACCUCCUGACUUCACUCAGUGUCUCGCUGACCCGAGCUCCAUGAGCCCCAUGACCGCCAUGGCCGCUCAUCCCUUCAACACCAGGAUGGCGCUGCAGCAGAACUCAGUCAACAUGGCCACUGAGCGGCACCACAGCUGUGACAACCUGGAGGACGGGCACGACUUCCUGAGGAUGCGAUAUGACCAGGCACCAAUGGAACUGCCCAACAGCUGCUCCCCAUCACCUCUGCUGCACGUAGGCUACAUGAAGGAAAAACGUCGCCUGAGCAAGACCAGUGGGAGCAGCGGCCGGGCUCGCCAAGACGACCUGGCCGUGUAGGCUCACAGCUGGAAACAAGCAAGAGAGGAGGGUGGGUUAGAUCUUCAGAAGCAAAGAGAGUGACACAGGGAUCAGUUGAACAAGAGGAUUUCAGAAGGUUAGCACUAUGCAAACUCUGUGUUUGAGGCGGAACAUUUUAAUUAUAUGUGUACAUUAAAACAAUGCUGAGAUCUGUAAACUUGACAUGUGUGAGCUCUGUGAGCAGACAGUUGGUUCCAGAGCUGGAUGAACUGACAACUACAUGUUUGGAAUGAGAACAGGGUAACAGGUGUGAUACCUGAAUAUUGCACAAUUUUAUCUUUUUCUUAAACAGUUGAUGCCAAAAACUGAAUGAAAGAGAUCAGAGUGAUGUGAUGCACGCUGCUUGGAGUGAGUUGACUUUAGGAAUCAUUCAUCAUAAAACGAAAUAUUACACACAUCUCAACUAUUUAGUAAUUGUAGAUUAUUAUUUCAUAUUAAGGAGCACAAGCACAAGUGUUUUCUCUCCCACUGCAAAAAAAUAAAAGAUGCAAUAACAGAUAAAUACGAAGAUGAUACAAUAAACUGUGAAGCUUGUUGUGCAUUUGCAAUGAAUUAAGUUUAUAAGUGCCUGCUCUAAUGUUUAUAUAAAAAAAAAAUCUAUUUCGACAUGAAACAUGUUUUAUAUAUUUGUUUUCCUUAAGCCACGGGAAAGCUGUGACUUUGCCACUUGUUGACUUGGUAAACGGAUUGCACUAUAAAGUACCAGCAGGCCAAAAAACAACAUGUAAUUCAAUAAUCCUAAACAGUGUGAGUAAAACGUUGUCAUUUGUAUUUGUAUUUGUAUUUGACAGGAGCCUUAGUGUAGAAGUGGUGAGAGAAUGUAGUCUGUUACAAGAUUUUCCUGUUGUCAGGAUAAAAAAAAAGGCAAAAUAGGAGGAUCCUGCUUGUUAUGAGGAGAUUCUGCCACUUGGUGGUGACAUUGCACUAGUGUUUUUUUCUGUAUUUCUCCUAGAGCCAUUGUAUAAAUAUUGAAUUUGACUGAAUGCCUUGUAUAUUAUUGUCAACGUCUUUGAAUGUAUUUCAUUUUAUUUUCUACUGUUUGUUUUUAUUUUAUAGGUUUGGGAAUGAACAUCUUUGGAAAUUGAGCUUUUAUGAUAUAUACAAGGCGGCAAUAAUUAAAUCCUUUUUAUUAUCAAAGUGACUGCUGCUCAUAUUUGCUAGACCAGAGUUUAGACUUCAAGGAUUAGGGACCAUAGUUGGACUAACUUUAAGAAGAAGGCGACCUGAGAUUGUGAUAGCCUUGAAAGAAUCAGAAGUUAUGUUCUAAAUACUUAGCAAACAGGAAACAGUGUUGUAGACUUCACAAAGUGAGCAAGGCUGUAUGAAGUGAAGUGAUGGGUUAUGAAUGCAGAGCUGGUGAUGAACCCCAGGGCUCCAUGAUACAGGAGGUCAAGGUGGACAAGGUGGACAGUGAAGCAACAAAAACAACCCUUUUCCAAGCCAUGUAAAUAACAAAAAUCAUAUUUGACAAAUAAAAUUUUUUUUUUAAUUAAUUAAUCAAAAUUCCAAGCACAAAGUAUGACAUUGUUGGAACACUGGCGUUCUAAGUUCUAAAAUGCAGGUACACGUAUCGCCUCAGGGGGGCAGCCUCAGACUCUAAUACCUUCCCUCCAACACAAGUAAACAACGAAGAAGAAGAGGAGGACCGAUGUCAGCUGUAAAUGGCGGGUAUUGUAGUUUUUAAUUAUCUACCUUUAAUGUACAAGUCGUACUAUGUGCUAUCUGCUACACUACAGUUCCCAUGUUGCCUUUCGUCUUUAACGCAAGGCGAUAGUUUUGCCGAACGACAAAUGAAUUGAACGUUGAGCAGUGUUAUGUCAAAACCUGGUUCACUCAGCAAAGAGCCACAAUCCCACCAACCAACAGAUCCCUGACACUCCAAACCUGCAGGGGGCAACCACAUCAGUGGUGGAGCCCCAGGUAACAGGAAGGAAGUGCCUGAGGAAUACAGGAAGCAUGGUGUUAAAAUGUUUGUAGUUGGUUCAGUCAGUCUGCUUUCCCAUGGAGACACCUCACAGCCACAGCUCCUGAUCAACAAUUGAAGACACCACUGGUUAUUAACCUAUUCUGUAACAUCCCGUUCAUCCCAUUCUGCCCCAAAAAUAAAAAACUGAAGAGUGAACAGAAUUGAGUUGUCCAUCGUCGUACUUCAACAGUUGAUCAGCCGUUUCUCAAGUUUGGGCAGAGCUGUGGCCAACAAACACACACUAAACAACACAUAACUUGACAGUUAAUAACCAUCGUGGACAGUGAGGACAAGGAUUAAAGGCAAGGACUGGGAACUCUUCACCAUGGCGGAGGAGGCUUUUGGCAAAACAGUCAAGCAACUGAAGCAAGAGAGGACCUCAGCUAAAGGUGCCUUCACCAAACAGGCAAACUACCUGAGCAAAGCUGCAGAUGGCCUGGUCAAACAUGAACUACAAGAGGAGUUCAACAAGCUCAGUUCCCUGGCAAGGUGUGUCAGCGAUGCGAAUGAGGACUACAGGGCUGGACUACUGGCAGACGCUGAAGCAGGAGCUGAGAAGGGUGAAGAAGUCAAGCUCGACAUGCACCAGCAGGCUGGGAUUGAAAAGACAAUAGAAGAGUGUGAUGUGAGACUGGGGGACAUCCGUGAAGCGGUCCAAUCCAACCUCUGGCCAAGAUAUGGUGAAGAAGAGAUAUACUCUGCAAUUGAAAAAGCAGAAGAAGCCUGUGAAAGAGCCCAAGGAAGCCCCAUCACUGCUAUCAAUAGAGACGGCUUUGAACUGCAGCUGAGAGGAGCGGAGAGGCUAAUCCAUGAGGCAAUAGCAAGCCUGAAAGACUGGGAAAAAUGGAUUCCACAUGAUCAGACAGCACACCUGAAAGGCAGAUUAAAAGACCUGAGAACAUUCGGCAGCAACCUUGAGGCCAGGAGAGCAGAAUUCCUCACCGCACAAAGAAUUGCAGAAGAGGAAAGAAGAGGAUCAGAGCCUCAACUGAUGGCAGUUCCACAGCCGGUUCCACAAGCAGUGGUGAGAAUAAAGCCAACCAGUCUACCGAAAUAAAAAAACCUACCGGGAGUGAUGGAUUUAAAAACAUGCGAGUUACCAGUUAUGCUUAUGCUUCUUGAGGUAACCACCAAUGCGGGGCAGAAGAUUGGAACACUCAUUGACUUAGCAUCAGACACCAACUACAUCACUCACAGAGCUGCCAGAAGACUGGAACUGCGAAGUGAAAAGAUCACACUUGUUGUCCAUGGAGUCGGAGGCAUGGCCAUGAAGGUAAAGACCAAAAGAUACUUACUCAAAGUAAGAGUCAAGACACCUAGAGGCACGGAGAGAGCUCAUGAGCUCAUCUGUUAUGGCUUGGAUGAAAUUGCAAGAGUGCACAGAGUCAUCAAACCGCAACAACUUAAGAAGUUUUUCCCUGACACCAGUCUGGAAGACCUUCACAGACCAGAGUGCGUAGAGCUUCUCAUCAGCCACCGUGAAGGAAGACUCGCCCCACAAAGAGUAAAGGUAGUAGGAGAUCUUGUCCUUUGGGAGAGCCCUUUAGGAAAGACAGUCGGCGCAGCGCAUCCAGACCUCUUUGAAGUAGGGGACAUGGCCCUACACAACUCUGAGACUCACUUUGCACGAUCAAUGAGGACCACAGCAGUGAAGUAUGAGGAAAUUGCUGAAACCAAAAGCACAGUCGCUGGCAAAGAGUUCUUAGACUGGUGGAAAUGGGACAGCAUUGGAGCAGCCUGCGAACCCAUGUGUGGAGGAUGCAGAUGUGGAAACUGUCAACCGGGAGGUAAAGACAUGACUCUGAGUGAGGAGAAAGAACUGGAGAUUAUCAGACAAGGCCUCACCUACGUGGAAAAGGAUGCGCACAUUCAGGAGGCUCACUGGGACACAAAAUACCCCUGAUUGAAGAUCCAAGUUCCCUGCCCAAGAACAGAAAUGCAGUGGAGGCCACUUUUCUACAGACAGAGAGACAGCUCAAGAAAGAACCAGAGUGGCGGGCGGCAUACACAACUCAAGUCCAUGAGAUG